AUGGAAGACGGAAUUACAGUGGUGCAUGUGCCACGCAAGAAGAAGUUGGAUUCCUGCUGUGCUGUGGUGGAAAUAGACAAUUUGCGGGUUCUUGUGAACUUUGGAACCGAGUAUGAUUUGUCCCUGGAUGUCUAUGAAGACUUGGAGUUUCUCAAGGAGGUUACGCAUAUUAUUGUGUGUUCAAGCGAGAUUUCAUCCCUUGGCGGGCUGAUCCAUUUGAAGUCCCUAGGUGUGUGCGCUCCCAUAUACGGAACAGUGCCCAUCAAGAUCCUUGGAAGAAUAGAGAUGCUGGAGAGGGUGAAGGUCCUGGAAAAGUUCCACGGCGUGUCCUUGGGCGAAAGCAGGAAAGACGAGGUUUUUGACAGAAUCAUACCGCUGAAGUACACACAGACGGUUGAGCUGUCCGAAAAUGUAACGGUGGGCCCGCUGAACAGCGGAAGUUCGGUUGGAGGGGCUGUGUGGAAGAUUCGGAAGGGGGAGCAAGAGUGGAUUGUCUGCGACCGAGUGAACCAUAGAAGAGAGGCGCAUCUGGACGGAAUAGACGUCUUUAACAUAAGCAAGCCGUCUGGCGUGUUCAUUAACAGCACGCCUGUUCUCAAGGAGCAGACCACAAGAAAGGCCCGGGACAAGGCUCUAGUCCAGCACGUUUUAAACACGAUAAACCGAAACGGAAAAGUGUUUAUCCCUACAGGAUACUCCCAGCUUUUGGAAAUUGCCAUGACGCUGCACAACUACAAGGAGACACAGGACAUUCCCAUGGCGCUUUUUUCUUUCUAUGGGAGAAAGUACUUUGACAUGGUCAAAACUAUUCUGGAGUGGACAGGCAGUGCAAUUCUGCACACCUUCAACCAAGAGAAGGAGAACCCGUUCAACCUCCUGAACAUAAGGUUCUACGACGAGUGUGCAAACAGCUCUGCAGCAGAGCGGAUUAUAUUUGUAAUAGACAUGCACGGAGAUUCGGGCUUUUCGCCUGUGCUUCUUCCCGGAAUUGCCAAAGACAGCCGAAACCUGAUACUUAAUGUUCGAGGCACGCUUCAGUACACAAAAAGAGUGAGCACAGACCCGACAGAGAAAGAAACUGAUGCAUCGCAGAAGGAAAGCAGCCACUCGUCCGAUGAAAAGGCCGAGGAUGCAUGCACAAUGCAGCUGUGCCCAAUAAAGUACACCCGCCUGUCCAACACAGAAGUGGAGACGGAGUACAAGCGGUCAAAGAAAAGGCACGACGAGCAAGAGGCCCAGAAGAAAAUAGACAGCCUGGUGAAGCAGAAGAUCGAAGACUCGUCUGAGGAAGAGGAGGACCGGAGCCAGAUAUUCUGCCGCUUUUGGCACGAGCUGCAGGAUGAAAUAGAAACAAAAGAGGCAGUGAUGAGCUAUCUGGACUUCGAUGUAAAGUGUGCUGGCGGAGAGCUGCUGUUUCCCAACCCGUCGAGAAGAAAGCAGACGGACGAGUACGGAGAGCCUCUACAAAUGCAGAAGGAAAAGGAAGAAGAAAAAGAAAUUGAGGUAGUUCUUGAGCCAGAUGUUGUCCAGAAAAAGGUGUACAGGAUAUCGGUAGGCAAGCCGCAAAAUAUAAAAAUACGCGCGUCUGUGCAGGCUCUUAUGUUUUCCAGCGAAAGCGACAUUUUCAACCUGAAGGUUGUUCUCGCAGGAAUGGAGGCGGAAAAGAUAGUGGUGUACGGGGAAGAUCCUAUGUACAGAAAAGUGCUUCAGGAGUACUUUUUGUAUAGCCGGGCGUCUGCAGACGUGAUGGAGCUGGUGAACAGGCAGGCGAUGGCAGGAGUGCGGCACGCGGUGCCGCUGAAGAUGCGGAAUGACGUUCUUUCAAAGAUAAAAAUGCAGAAGCUGGGAAGCAGCCUUAUUGGAUAUAUAUCUGGGAGGAUAGAGAAGUCGGAAAAAACAGCUGUGCUGGAAAUAAAGGAGGACGAGGAGGGCGACACGACAGAAGACAUCUGCAUAGGAACCGCCCGAAUAAGCGAGCUUCGGCAGAUAUUUAUAGAUGCCAAAAUAAAGGCGGACGUGAUUGGGGAGAAGCUGGUUGUCAGCGAAGGGAUCACCAUACAGUUUGAUGGGCACCGCCUUAUGGUUGAAGGCGAUGUUUCUAAAGAGCUGUACGCUGUGAAAAAGCUUCUGUCUGAAAGCGUGGCGUACUUGCAUGCGAGAUGA